CUAAUGUUCUGCCACAACAGCGUUGCUCAUUGGAACAAAGCCUGUGCAGAUGCCAACCUGCCAAUGGGCAAAAUCAUCAACUGCCUGUACACUUGGGCUGGAGCAUGGAGAUCUGCCUUCUUAAAUGCUCCCUUCUGUUAAAAACUACCUAGGAGUGGAAAGCCAGCUUAGCAAGAGUCCUAGGAGAGCGAUGGGGUCACGGCAAUUUUCUGUUUGCGUGGCGCUUUGCAUCCAGAGUGACAUUCCAGGCUAGAAUCCUUCGCUCUCUUCUCCGACCUCCUCACCAGGUGCUAACCAGGCCUGGAGAGCUUGCAGUUACUAAGAGCAAAGCGGUUACUACGGCUUCCUGGCAUUCAGUCACUCGGCAACACCUCACGUUUCCAGAAUCCCAAGCUGGCAUUAGGCUCUUGCGGUUUUUUUCGUACACUGCGGCGUUCCAGAUGUGCUGAGCCGCUGGUUGUAUAAAGCCGCCGCCGCCGCCGCCACUCAGCGUCGCUAAGCAGCCAGGUCGAGGCCCUCGGCAGCUUCUUCUCCCUUCCUGGGCGGCUCUUUUCUCGCCAGAGCCCCCGCGCCGCCUUGGUGGGACAGCAGUCGGCAAAUCCUCUGCAGGAGCUGCAGCCUCCCGUGUCUCCGCCCCGCGCGCACCAGAAGCCUCCUUGCGCCCUCCUCGCCCGUCGGUGGCUCUGCAGUCGCCUGCCUGCUGCGCGCGUUUUGCUGCCCGUUUCCCGCCCUCCGAGGACAGAAUGAGGGGGCUCCUGUGGUCUCUGGCGCUGAGCUGCUGCUUCUGCUGGCUGCUGCGUCUGCCGGCCGGCUCGGCUCACCUCUUGGGGCGCCGCCACGAAGAGCGCGCUUGCCCGGAGCGCUGCGACCGCGCGCGGUGCCCGGAGCUGCCGGCCGAGUGCCGGGGAAGCGCGGCAGCCUUGGACUCGUGCGGCUGCUGCCCGGUCUGCGCCGCUCAGGAGGGCGAGGCUUGCGGGGGCUCCGCGGCCGGAGAGCCUCUGUGCGCCGAGGGGCUGCUGUGCGUGGUGCCGUCCGGCGUGCCGGCCUCGGCCACGGUGCGCAAGCGGGCGAGAGGCGGCCGUUGCGUGUGCGCCAACGACGAGCCAGUGUGCGGCAACGACGGCAAAAGCUACGGCAACGUGUGCCAGCUGCGGGCUGCCAGCCGGCGCUCGGAGAGCCAGCAGCAGCCGCCCAUCAUCGCCAUCCAGCGGGGCGCCUGCGGGCAAGGCCAGGAAGAUCCAAACAGCUUGCGGCACAAAUACAACUUCAUUGCAGAUGUGGUAGAGAAGAUAGCACCAGCUGUGGUUCACAUUGAAUUGUUUCGCAAGUUGCCUUUUUCAAAGAGGGAAGUUUCUGUUGCCAGUGGCUCAGGUUUCAUUGUUUCUGAAGAUGGAUUAAUAGUUACAAAUGCCCAUGUGGUCACAAAUAAGCACAGAGUGAAAGUGGAACUGAAGAAUGGUGUCACGUAUGAAGCUAAAAUGAAAGAUAUUGACGAGAAGGCCGAUAUAGCCCUAAUAAAAAUAGAUACUCAGGGGAAACUGCCUGUUCUGCUUCUUGGACGUUCUUCAGAGUUACGUCCUGGGGAAUUUGUGGUUGCAAUUGGAAGUCCCUUUUCUCUUCAAAAUACAGUGACAACUGGAAUUGUUAGCACUACCCAACGAGGAGGCAAAGAGCUUGGACUUAGAAAUUCUGAUAUGGACUACAUCCAAACAGAUGCAAUUAUCAAUUAUGGAAACUCCGGUGGGCCUUUAGUGAACCUGGAUGGUGAAGUAAUUGGUAUUAAUACUUUGAAAGUCACUGCUGGAAUUUCCUUUGCAAUACCAUCUGACAAAAUUAAAAAAUUCCUUACUGAGUCUCAUGACCGACAAUCUAAAGGAAAAGCUGUAACUAAAAAGAAAUACAUUGGCAUUCGAAUGAUGUCUUUAACUCCUAGCAAAGCUAAAGAACUCAAGGAGCGCAAUAGUGAUUUCCCUGAUGUGAUUUCUGGAGCCUAUAUUAUUGAAGUUAUUUCAGAUACACCAGCUGAAGCUGGAGGCCUGCAAGAAAAUGAUGUGAUUAUAAGCAUCAAUGGAAAACCAAUUCUCUCAGCCAAUGAUGUCAGUGACAUUAUUAAAAAGGACAAUUCACUCAGCAUGGUAGUACGUAGGGGCAACGAAGAUGUUAUGAUAACUGUGAUACCUGAUGAAAUUGACCCUUAAGUAGAAAUAUGAGCUGGACUUCAUGUCUUCUCUUAAGAGCAAACAGUGGACUGUUUUUAUUAUCUCUGUGCUGGUACAGGAAACAGUAGACUUUUGACCAAUUAUCCAUGUGUUAAGUGGAGCUGUAUUGGCCAACAAAGUAAAUUUGUAUAGGGUUCAGGAACAAACUGAUGCAAUAUUUCAGGUGAUACUUCUGAUAUAUUUUAUGUAUACAAUGUAUUAUCUACUGGCUGCUUCCACUGUUACUUCCACUGCAGUGGUCCACCUCUGAUUUCCCCACUGUGUGCAAAGUUAUUACUUUGAACCAAGAUCUCCUGAUAAUAAAUUGCCGCUAAAUUAUAUUCUGUAUUAUUCAGAUUGUCUAUAGCAUAGUUUUUCUGGAAACACAGCAUUUGAUAAGAAAAAUAAUAACAUAUUUGGCAAUAAACACUGACUUUUACCUAAAACAAAACUCAAAUGAUAUUUUCUUACAAAAUCAAUGCCCUAUUUUUAAUACUGUAUUUUCCUAAUGUAAUUAAAAUUGAUUCCAA